UGCGUGAGCUACGCCGCUUGCCAAGAAGACUGGAUCAAAGGCAGAGUUCUCCUGAAGGCUCACCCCAGUCGUGGCUCUUCCUUCGGUUUCUCGGUGUUUAACUUAAUGAAUGCGAUCAUGGGAAGUGGGAUACUUGGGUUAUCCUAUGCUAUGGCCAACACAGGGAUCAUGGGCUUCAGUAUCUUGUUGCUGAUUGUUGCCAGCCUUGCUUCUUACUCUGUAUUUCUUCUGCUCAGUAUGUGCACUCAGACUGCUGUUACUUCUUAUGAAGACCUUGGCCUCUUUGCAUUUGGACCACUUGGGAAGGUUCUUGUUGCAACUACAAUAAUUAUCCAGAAUAUUGGAGCUAUGUCAUCUUAUCUUUUAAUUGUUAAGUCUGAACUUCCUGGUGCUGUUGCGGGGUUCUUAAGUGGAGACGACGAGAGUGGGUCUUGGUACCUCGAUGGGAGACUGCUGCUACUGAUUACUUCGGUCUGCGUUGUUUUUCCUCUUGCACUUCUUCCUAAAAUUGGCUUUCUUGGCUACACAAGUAGUUUAUCAUUUUUCUUUAUGGUGUACUUUGCUCUUGUGGUUAUAAUUAAAAAAUGGUCCAUCCCUUGUCCUCUACCUCUAAACAGUGCAGUAGAAAACUUACAGAUUUCAAAUUCUACUGGGGAGUGUAAAGCAAAGCUCUUUCAUCUUUCAAAAGAGAGUGCUUAUGCAAUACCAACUAUGGCCUUCUCUUUUCUCUGCCAUACCUCAGUCUUACCCAUUUACUGUGAGCUCCAAAGUCCUUCCAAAAGUAGGAUGCAGAAUGUCACUGUCACAGGAAUUGGUCUGAGUUUCCUAAUUUACUUUAUAUCUGCUUUGUUUGGGUACCUGACUUUUUAUGACAAAGUGGACUCCGAAUUACUGCAGGGUUACAGCAGGUACCUGCCACAUGAUAUCGUAAUCAUGACUGUUAAACUUGCCAUACUAUUUGCUGUGGUUUUGACAGUCCCUCUAAUCCAUUUCCCAGCAAGGAAAGCUGUGCUGAUGGUAUUUUUCUCUCAUCUCCAUGUGUCAUGGAUAUGCCAUAUUCUUGUCACUUUAACGCUGAAUACAACUGUUGUUUUGUUUGCAAUGUAUGUACCUGACAUCAAAAAUAUAUUUGGAGUAGUUGGUUCAACCACAUCAACGUGUUUGCUUUUUGUGUAUCCUGGACUGUUUUAUCUUAAACUUAGCAGAGAAGACUUAUCAUCACCACAGAAAAUCGGGGCAUGUGCAUUGGUUAUUUUUGGCAUUUGUGUUGGUCUUCUCAGUCUAAUUCUAAUAAUUUUCAAUUGGAUUAAUCAAUAAAAGCCUAUCACCGCUGUCUAAACUGGACAGGAGAAAGACAGCAAAACUGCGACACACCAAAACUGCUGAAGUGAAUGCUGGACAUCCUGAAGAAAAUUGACCAAAGCUGUCCAUGGAAAAAACAACUCUCUCUCUUCCCCCCCCCCACUACAUUAGUAAUGAAUCUUCAGUUAAAGUCUUCUUUUAAAGAGAGUGAGAUGGACAGAUUGUAUAUCAGUCAUGAUGUGCAUAUCACACAUUAUCCCAAAUAAUGAAAGACUUCCAUUGAUUUCAGUAGAAUAAGUUCUAAAAUUUCAGCCGUCUCAUAUUAAGAACUUCCUGGUUCCAAACGAUUACUUUAAAUUUAUUCUAAUAUGUAUCCAGAAGCCGACUGCCUCAGCCCAGUUUAAAGGGCACAUCAUGAUAAUAGGAAGGUUUCCUCUAAGGUUUGUAGUGUUUUUUUUCAAUGCAGUUUUAUUCCUCAGUGUACUUGAAUCAUAUUGGAGUAAUUUUUAAAAAACGGAAGUCUGUCCGCACCUGACAUAUUGCAUUUUAGUAGUGUUAGAUAGUAUUUCCAUUUUGCAGUUAAAAAUAGACAUAUUUCAAUUAAUGCCUAUUUUUGAAUAUUACUCAAUUUACCUCCGCACUCCUCCCAGCGAAAGACUUCUUUCUUUUUUCUCUCUCACGUUUCCACUAGUAUUUCAUCUUUGAACUAGAUUACACCCUUAUUUCAUAUAUUGCUGCAAUCAGUGAGGUUUUGGGCUUGAAAGGUGAAAUUCUGACUCUGUUGGCGACAGAGGAAGAUUCAUGUUUACGGAAUCCUAACCUUAUCCCAGAUCUCUAAACUUUCAUGUGUCCCUUUAUAGUCCUUUUUUGUGCCUAAAUGAAACAUGAAUGCAAUUUUCAACACCAACUGGACUCUGUUAAAUAUGGUAUUGGGUGCCCACCACAAAAGUUCCUCAUAUUAGUAGGAUGAAAGCAGUGACCGAUGCCGUGGUAAGCUUUUAAAAAUUUUGUUACUUUCAGAUGGGAUCUAAUGUCUUUAAAAUGGAAAUAGCCUAAUCUCUUCAGGGAUUUUAUGCCCUAAGGAAGUUAGGCCUCCACAGUAAUGUCUUGUGUAAAGUUAAGAAAUUAGACCUCAAGACUCAAACGGCAAGAUUUAGAGAGUGGGAAAGUUCUUCAUUAUUUCCAGAUGCGAUAUUUCUUUUAAUUUGGCUUAGCACUUUUACAUCUGAGAGGUAGAGUAAGACACAAGUGAAACAUAGCAAAGUAAUACAUUUAUGCAAUACGAAGCAGCUAUUAAGCUACAUUUAAAUAAAUUUUCACUUCCACGUGGUGCACAAGUAGUAAAGUAAUUGGCUGUAGCUCGACAAUCUUGUUGAAACAGUUCUGUUAAUAUGUUGAUCUAUAUUUUAUCAUUUAGGAUGGCAGAGAUCCCCCAGAGCCUGGCAUUUCUAGCUUCUUAAAAGCAGGUCUGUGCUAUUCAGCUCCAAUACAGAAUUGGAGCCAAAAACUGAAAAUCAGAAGUAAGUUACAGCAGGAUCAUAGCUAUGUUGUUCCUAAAACUUGUUCUGCAUAAACAGUCAUAUUUUCUAAUGGGGUAGGAGAGAUCGCAUUUGAUUGAUGCAAGUAUUUAUGGUUUUCUUUAAUGUCACCAUGAUAGGUAGCUCAGCUUCUCCGCUACUGAUGGUUGUGGAGCAACCUGAAUGUUGAUUGCAACUUGGAAAGAGGUGUCCGCUAAGCGAGCUGCCUUGAUAAAACGCUGCUGGGUGGUCUGCAAGGGGCGUCGAGCUAUGCCACUCUCCAGACAAGCCAUGUCGUUCCAUUUUAAUUAUUUCAGUUCCACACUGGAUUUGUAAAAGCCUGAUUCAUGUGCCAGUUUUAACAUAAAGCAAACUGAAUGUGCAUGAUCCUCAGCUGUGUAAUAGGAAGGAACAGAAAAUAACCAGAGUUGAGAUAACCAUCUCUGAGCUGGUGAACUAGGGUUUCUGACCCGCUCAACUGUCUCAGCAUCCAUAAGAUGCUUUUCACUGUGGACAGAUGGCCUGAAGGCACCCAGGGGGUAUUGGUGUGCAGCUGUGUACCACUUCAGGAUUCCUGUAUGCCUUGGGAAUACUCUGCUACUUAUGAGUUUAAUGUAAAAGUAGACUUGUGUGAUGAGGUCUAGAAACUAACCCAGAGGUUGUAUUAGGAUCCCCGACUGCGGGAAUUGGUAUACUAUAUCCUGGAAAAGACUGCAGUUAUUUUUAUCGUGAGGUUUCUAGCUGAGGUUUCACAACACAAGAUGAGCCAAUCUCAUAGUUUGUCACUACCCAAAAGAGUGUAUCCGCUCCUGCCAGAAGUUCACAACUGCUGUUGUGGCACUGGCAGUGACUGCAGGUCAGCACGUUUAACUAGCAGAAAUCAGCGCGGCCAAGGAGAUGUGACAAGUUAUCUGUCGACAAAAUGAACAGAUUCAACUCGGGGGAUGAGAAAAAUAAGGGAGAGGGAGUGAGACUGCCUUUUUGAGCAGUGGCAUCCAUUAGGUCAACUCAUGCUUCUCACGAGACCUCACACAAACUGCUGAAGCCAGCUGCUGCAAGCAGGACACAUGCACGCGUGGGGGAUGCCUCUAACUUGAAAGUCUCUGGCCACCUCUGAUCGAGGCUGUUUUUCAGCAUUAUAUGGGUAUUAAUGAUUGAGGCUUUCCAUCUUGCCUUUCUUCUUGCAGUUCUCCCUGCAUUUUUAAGUCCUGAUAACCAGAUGAAGCCACCUCCCUAUCUGUGACUACCCUUUAAUAGCUGUGCCUCACACUCUUUAUACUGUAGUGGUUCAGCCACUCUGGGUAUCUCAGGCAGAAGUGUAAAAAGCUAAAUAUUUAUCUUACAAAAGUAUACCUUGAAACAGCGAUGACGCUGUAGAUCAGGAAAUACUUUUGUAUCUGAUCCAGAACUUUUUAGGAAGAUAGGAAACUUUACAUUGAUGUGAAUGAAUUGUAGUUUUUUUUUUUUUUUUAACUCCAGACACUUAGGAGGAAUGUUUGUCAGAAUUGGGAGUUUUUGUGGAAAUUUUCUUAUUUAUCAUACUCUUAUACCUUAUGAUGGAGUAGUAUUUCUAAGACAUCACUACAGUUGCUUUAAGUAUUUUAAAUUCUAAACAGGAAGCCUUAACACUGAAGACUUAGAUUACUUGUUAAGGUGCAGAAAGCUGGCAAAGUUUUACUAAUACUCUGUUCUUACACAGACAGUUGGAUUUGUGUGCAUCAUGUUGAAAAAUGUGACUGAGUACCUGAAAGUACCUGAAAUACAGUGUUAAUUUACAGGUGAUUCCAGUAAUCCUAUGGAAAUCACUACAUUAUCAUUCUAAAGCACGGGGUAUUACCUAAUAGCUAGACUUUUAAAUGAUUGAUACUAGUGUAUGAAGUUCAUAUUCUGUUAGGAUGAAUGGAAGCAAUUCACACCUCUGUUGGAGCUCUAGUAUUAUAUUUUGGCUUUCUGCAGUGCAGAAAAGAUAGAAGCAUGUUGAUUUGCAGAAUGUGUGUUUUACUACCUCUGAAAAAGAGUUAGAAAUAUUGCUACUUUUAAGAAGUUUAUAUGAUACAUAACUUAAAAUGCAGAGAGGAGGAGGAGGAAAGAGAGUGAACUUCUAUUUCCAAAUUUAGAAAAAGAUACAAGCAUUUUCCACAAUGAAAAAACAGUAAGAACACUAUUUUUAUCCUUGGACUCUCCCAUGGAAUAAAUACAUUGUAUUUCUGUCUCCUUACUGGUUAUGCCCCUGUGUCCUGAUAACAAAAGCAAUCUUAAAACUUGUGCUGCUGCCAGAUAGAAUCAGAUAGAAUUGGUCUUUGCCUAGAUGGAAUUUUUUCUCUGCACCAUUUCUGCUGGCCAGUGCAAAUCCUCAAGGUAGAAGCAUUGCAUCGGUCUGAACAGGCUUGUCCUGGGAUGACUAAUACUAGAAAGGGGCAAAAACUUACAAUAGUUUCUUCUUUCUGUUUUCACUUAACAAAAACAACUUCUGAUGCAACAGGUCUUUUUUUUUUUUUUUAGUGGAAACUUUAUAGAUGCUUAUUUAAAAACAGAAUUUUAAAUUUAUUUUUACGAAAAGGGGGUGAGAAAGAGGAUUUCCCUCUUUUUUCUAGCUGAUUUUACUUACUGCUCUGUUUAUUAUGUCUGUAUAAGGGUUUCACUAUAAUGGUACACAGGAAGUUUUUCUGAGCUAAAUAAGCUCAAAUUUGGACCUCUCUGCUCACUCACAUGCUGCUAAAUAUGUUUUCUUUAUUCUUAUGUACCAAUUUUUUUUGUUGAAUUUCCAGAUUUGUAAAUUCCAGCGGUUCUGCUUUAUUAUCAGUAGUUAGCAUUUUUGGACCUUUUUCUGAAGACUUGACAGGAAUGGAUGAAGGGGCCCACAGCACUUCUGAACUCACAUGAAAAGGUUGUCUUUCUCCAAGUGAACAUGAAGAACAGCGUAAGAGAGAUGAAAAUUAAUUGGUAGCCUUUGAUUUGUUUUCUCUCAUUCUCCCGUUUCCAUUCCUUGUCCAUUUGAAGGCUGCUCAAGUUUCAGACCAGCUGUGGUAAGCUGGGUGUGGACAGUGUCCCUUGUAAACAGCAUUACAGAAGCUGGUAUUGCAAAAGGAAAAUGCUCUUAACCUGUCCUUUUUUGUGGGGAAAUGCUUGUGUUUUAUCCCCCGAUAGGACUAUUUCUAAGCAGCUUGCGUCUUGGUACUUGAUUGUCAUUGCAAUAAGCUUUAAAUUCUCUCCUGUGUCCCCAUGUAGUGAAAAUUGAGACAGUCUUAUCCUCUCUCCGUCUCACCCCUCCCCUUCCCUUUCACUUUAGUUUUGCAUUAGCGUCAGUUAUAUGGCACUGACCAGGGAUGCGCUGUUAGUUGAACAGCGCCAAUGAUCCUUAUGCAGUGUGCAGCACGGCCGAAACGGUAUAGCUCAGGAAAGGUAUUGCUCCGUUUGUGCCCCGUUGUUAUACUUUUCACUAAGCGUCCACAACUGGUCACUGCUGAAGGUCAGUACUGCAUGCAGGUAAACCCUUGGUGUGCCCAUCGUGUCUGCUCUUGUAAGAAUUUAUUUCUCCUUCUGAAACCUGGAGACAUCGUAGCUUUGCCUCACUGGAAAGCUGUCCUGAUCUGAGGUUCUUAAAUCAUUUCUGUCGUGUGCAAUAUACUUGAGGUGCCCUGUCUCCUACCCUGGCGAGCCUCCCAGCGAGGAUGAGUAUAGCGCAGGUGCAAGGGGAUCUCUGUGACUGAGUGCUAGGGCAAACGUUACAUCCUUAAGCGGUUGGUAAGCACGCUGUUUGCACGUGAGAGAAAACUUAAUUACUGCAUUUCUCAUGCUGCAGGAAGUAUCGUUUUGGUGCAGAUCUGGAAGGCAGUGCUCCAGUAGCUGUAAUCUUGGAGGCUGGGAUUUUUCUGGGGACCGUCAGUCCACACGUGCCUGUUGGAGGCUCCAGAGGCAUUUCGUUUGGACAGAAGUAAGAGACGGGAUAUGGACCUAUGUGAGCCUUUUGCCUGGCCCAAUAUGGCCAUUCUCAUUUAAAUUACAUUCCCAAGAUUAAUUUUUAGAAUUAUUUGGGAAGAAUAUGAGAAUUAGCAUCAGCUGAUGUCCCUUCAGAAUCACAUAUGAUAUGUGAGGACAGAAUUUUGUCUGUUCUGGACACAAAUGAUUAAUUCCCUCAUCUAUAUGAGAAGGCAGGUAGGCUAUGCAGAAGUAUAUGAUCUUGAAAAGGAGCACGACUGGCUGAUUUUGGGGCUGGCUGUAGAGUAGGGAUUCCCCUACCUAGAUGUGGUUCCCACUGCAGUGGAAGCGGCUUAUCACAAGUUGUGAAAGAGCUAAAUGUUAAAUCCAAGGCUCGGCAACCUUAAAAAUACUGAAAAAGAAAUGUCUACAAUCCUGUUUACGUUGUAGGACUGAUCUCCCUGUGGUUUCCGUAAUAAUUUGCCUACAGUUCAACUGGUUUAGUGCAGUGUGGCCAUGUACUACUUGAUCUUUAUUCAGUAAAAUAGCAGAUAAAGCCAACUCUGAUAGCAGUUUGAUCCGGUGAAUCUGAACUCAGGAUUUGUACCAGAGUAAGUAGAUUAGCACAAGUAACUGCUAGCAAGGAAGAGAGUGAUUAGGUGGACCUAGUCUUGAACUAGUUCUUGCAGACUAGCUCCCAAGCCCUGAUUGACCCGAAGGGAGGUUCAGAAUUUGGAGCGCUUUUCAAUUUUGCAGCCGGGGAUCUUUCUGUGGCCUUCCAUUGAUAUUUCUGUAAACAACAGAAAGAGAUGCAAGUAUUUACCAAUGCAUCAUGAUAAAUAUUUGAAGAUUAAUCAGAUUGUUUCCAAAUGUUCCUACUUAAUGAGAUAGAAAUUGUCCGCCUUACCUCUGUAGCAGGCAUCCUUAUGCGUGCUGUAGUUAAAGAUUCAAAUUCAGAUCAGUCCAAGGGCUCAAAUAACAUUAUAGUAGAACUUCUUUCCCAGUUUGAUUUUGUUUAACACUUAAGCUGAAAUUGUUGCAUUACAUUUUUGACUUUAAAUUGAAAGCUUUGGUUCUAGUUGGUAUGCAUACUGCAAAACGUUUGGACGCGUUUGUUGUUACUUCCUAAUGACUGUCAGUGGCAGAGAAUUUCCAGUAUUAAAAAAUUACUGCCUAAUUUCUAUAGUUGAUGUUUUUUUCUUGUAUUUGUGUUUCUGUAGUGAUCAUCCAACCAAUACUUAGUGUAGAAUUAAAAAUCUUUAAAAAAAAUUUCUAUGUUCCCCCAAA